AUGGCACAUACAUAUACACUGAAGGCUGCAAAAAGGGCGCGGCCCGCGCUGGCUGGGUGCCUGCGGCUGCUGCUGGCCCUGCACGCAGUUGUUCCCCUGUACGCAAGCAUGCCGCACAAAGACAUGCUGGAAAUACACACAGAGCCCAUAGGCGACUCCGAGUCAGACCAAGUUUUUAUCAACGAGAAGGGGCCGCUUAGCCCUGUCAGAGGAGAGGUGUUUUUAAACGAAGGAUAUGCGUUAAACAUGAGAUUUGUGUUCCCCGGAGUGGUUUCAAGAUACAGAGUGGACCUUUUUCGAGGCAGCCGCACUGGGCAGGACAGGUAUAAGUAUGUUAGAGACGCGAAGCACGACAAGCCCUGCACGGAUGGCAUAUGCCCGAAUAACCCCCAAAGCAACAAAGACCAGUACAAUGAGUACAUCGAGGAGUAUGCGUCUGUCAUUAUCAAAAUGUUUCCUUCUUUGGAUGGCGCGCAUCUCACGAUCACAGCAAGCCGAAACGACCAGUUCACGAACUUCCUGCAGAAUCAGUGCACGAAAGAGCAGGCCAGCUACACGCUGGCCGCGCUGCUUCUUCUGAGCGAGGGCGUGGACGUGAACAUUAGCGCGGAAAAAGGGCGGUUGGUGCUCUACAAAGACGCGCGCGCGAAGGAGGAGGUUUUCAACAUAAGCCGCAAAGACAAGCGCACGAAGACAAUGCAAAAGGAGACGGCCCAGAUAGUACGGUUUUUCAAGACGUACAAAAACAUGGUGGAGCUUCCGACCACUCCAGAAGGUUUUGCAACCGGCGAAUUUCUAAACAGCACGCAGUUUCUGAUCCAGGCGUACAUAUCCAAGUAUGUGCAGGGGAGAAAAAGCGUGCUGGAGCUUGCAGGGUGCGCGCACAGCUUGCUGGUUGGCAUGAUGCGCGAAGAGCCCGUGUCUCCCAACAGCGGGGACGCUGCAUCCGACGCGUUCAAAAGGCUUUUCACGCCCGCGGAGGACGGAAGCAAGGCCCUUGAGUACUUCAAGCCGCUCAACACGUUGAUGCAUGCUGUUGGCGUUGGGUCCAAGUUUCCGUUUGCAGAGAAAUGCUUGGUUCCAGAACCCAGGAGCGUGUAUGUGUACGACAGAAAGGCGAACGCGUUCACCAAAGAAACUUUUACCAACUGCUGCGAGGCCGGGCUUCUUGCGCUGGUCUGCUGUCUUGCAUACAACCCGAAAACCGACAAAUACGAUAUGGACGGGCUUCUAAAGGGCUGCCCCGAUCCGGCUGCGACGCAGGAUCUGAGAGAGUUCUUUGCGCGCAGCGCAAUUGCUCCUAACAGCAGCAUUACACUAGAUAUGCAGGCGGAAUGGACCAAAGUGGUGGCAGACCUUCCUUGCGACAAAAUAGCGUACAAUCACAGUAAAAAGAACGACAUUAAAACCGGGCUAGGAAACACCCUGUACGUUAUUGCACAGAUAACAGGCCGCAUGCAGGCCGAGGAGAAAGAGAUAGACCGCCUUUUGCGCCAAGUGACCCCCGACUCCCCAAUUAGCACAGAAGUGGGUCUGGCUAUUGAAAAGUAUCUUAACAAGUUUUUUGUUUCGCUUUCGGUGAACAAGAGGCUGAAAGUGCGUGUGCGGAAUGCUACAGGCUUCCGUCUGCGCAGAAACAAGGCCCUGUAUUUCCCAGAGGCCAGCGGGACGGUUUCUUUUGAGUAUCUGGAUGCCAAGGGAGAAGGAUUAAACUCUUUGGUUAUGAAAUUCAGUGUAGGCCACAUGCUGUGCUUUGCAAAGCCCGGCACUGGGCUGACACAAAAACACUACAAGGCGCUAAAGGAGGCAGCCGAAAAAUACAAAGCGGAUAGGACAUUUACCUCGUGCCUGCUUGCGCACUACAUCGAAAGGAAAGCGUUUUCAGAAGCACCGGGGAGAACGGAUGCAGAGAAAAACGAAAGGCUGUGGAGAGUGCUGACUGAAGCGGCUGAGUCCUGGCCCAGAAGCCUGAACAGGCUGUUCCUGUACGGGCCUACGCUUACUAAGCAUGAAAGGGAGCUAGCUGUGGCAUGUCUUGCUCUUUGCAUGAAGAAGCAGGGAAUCGAGUGCUCCAUGCAGCACCCCAUGGCCCGGCUCAUCCACAAUCUUGUUGGCACCACUCCAAAUCUAGGGGACCCCAAAAACUUCACUGUAACAAGCAGCCUUCUGUCUGCUGGAUUUUUUGACAUACUCUGCCCAAACAUUCAGCUGUCGAAAAAGAGACGGUCUGAGCUCUUCGAACUAUCUCUAAGCCACAUGGAAUCCUAUGCCCUUGAGCGCGGCCUCUCUGCCGACUGGUCAUUCCUUGUACUGGAUCAUCUAAGAAACUAUUACAAAGAGGACGGGCGCCAUUUGUUGUCUACGCGCAUUUUGGGGCCAGAAGGAGCAAUUAUAUACUUUGUGAGAGAAUUUCUUAAGCAGAAUACAGCAGAGCACGUCCGCUCGUUCUGUGCGAUUUUGUGCGAGGAGGCGCAAAGCUACAAAGCGCAUAUGAAAGGGAAGCUUCGGGGAAUCAAGCCCGAGUUUGACAAGCAGAUGGAGUCAUUGAGAAACACAUGGCUUCUUUGGUUCCUUAAGCAUGCCAUCUUGAAAGACCCGGGCCAAACCCAGCUUAUCCACGAGCUGUACAGUCUUGUUCCUUCAAAGCUGCAGCUGAGCCAUCCAAUUUCCUACUUCGGCAGGCUUUUCGAAAGGUACGAGCCCCGGGUGCUGGAGUGCUUUAUCAAUAAUUCGGAGACUCUUUUGAAGGCCGGCGGGCGGGAAAAGUUUGCUGUUUUGUGCGAAGCUUUCACGUCGGACUGCUGGUUUUAG